AAGAAUAAAUUAAAUGAAUGCAAGGUAAUGGAUCUUUUUUUAUCGAUAUCACAAGAUUUUAUCAGUAAAACUUAUACAAUAUUUUGAUGUGUGACCUUUGAUCCUGUUAUCUCUCAGAUAGUGGAAUAUCUAAUCUGAUUAGGGGGCAGGUCAAAGCAGUUCUUUUGCAAUGUAAUUAAAUAUUCACACAUUGGCCAAUCCACAAAAAAUAUAAUCUCCCAUUUAUUUUAAUGUGAAUAUCUGCUAUUCCAAACACUUUUGGCUGGUCUUUGUGACAUUCAGAUUAAACAAGUUUUACUGUCCAUGUUUGUGUACAUCAUUUAUUCAGAAAAUAAACCACUUAAUGUAUGGAUAGAACAUGAGAAUAUCCCUUAAAAUGUUGCAUGAUCACUAUAAUUAUGUAACUGUGACCCAGAAUAAUAUCACCCUAUCAUCUGGGUGGAUCAUGUAUUUGGAAUUUGGGAACAAUGAGGGCCCUGACGUGUGUUCUGUUGCUGAGCUUGUAUGUGGUCAAUGGGGAUUUUACAGGUGGAGAUCUCUGCAGACCAACAGAUGACUGUUGUCAUAUUGGAGGAACCUGUAUCUCUGGAGCUUUUGAUCCCUGCCCAACUGAGCUCAACUAUCGUGUGAAAUGUUGGCCAUCCUACAGAACAUGUUGCUUGCCCAAAGUGACCGAUCCUCCCACUGUUAAAACAACUCCCACUCGACCAGCACCAACACAAUCAAGCACAGUCAAAUGGAGCACAACCCAAGCUAGCACAACCCAGCCUAGCACAACUCAAGCCAGCACAACCCAGGCUAGCACAACUCAAGCUAGCACAACCCAGGCUAGCACAACUCAAGCCAGCACAACCCAGGCUAGCACAACUCAAGCUAGCACAACCCAGGCUAGCACAACCCAAGCCAGCACAACCCAGGGUAGCACAACUCAAGCUAGCACAACCCAUGCCAGCACAACCCAGGCUAACACAACCCAAGCCAGCACAGUCACAGCCAAAACAACUCCAGCCAAGCCAGAACCUACAACCGAAGUGAAACAGGAUGAUGAGUCUGGCUGUCACUACAGAGAUGAAUGCUGUAAAUCUGGGGGAACUUGUAUAGAUGGCGCUUUUGAUCCUUGCGCAACAAGGCUUAAUUAUCGCACAAAAUGCAACCCAACUUACCUCACCUGUUGUGAGAGCUCUGGGUCCACCAGUACAAAAGGUACAACCUCCACUGAAGCCACUGACAGUCCAUCUACCCCCAGUACUGUUGAGACUUCCACUGCUGGACCUGGAGGAGAGACAACCACUGUGGGUACAGAGGGUACAACAUCCAUGGGAACAGAAAAGACAACACCUGCUAUUCAGUCUGGUUGUGGCCAAGCACCAUUGGGCUACAUUGUAUCAGGUAGAGAAGCUACUCCUCAUUCCUGGCCCUGGGCUGUGUCCCUCUACCUUGACUACUUUGGCUGGAAUGACUGGAAGCAUCAUUGCACUGGCUCUCUCAUUGACAAUCAGUUUGUUGUCACUGCUGCCCAUUGUAUUGCCAAAAGUGGAGUGAGUACUACAAACAGCUUCAAGGUUGUGCUAGGAGGCCAUGACCAGAGUACUGUGAAUGGCAAUGAAGUUGUGGCUACCCUAGAAAAAUGGAUUGUGCAUGAGGACUACAGCACCACCAUCAAGGGAUCCCCCAAUGAUAUCGCCAUCUUGAAACUGAGUGAACCAAUCACAUUCAACCAGUACAUACAACCAAUCUGCUUGCCUGAUGACUCUGAACAGUUCACACCUAGUGAUUCCUGCUAUAUACUAGGAUGGGGAGAAACAUUGGGUACAGGUCCUAUGGGAAAACUGAAUGAGGUAAGCCUCAACAUUACAACUAAUGCAGAUUGUGAUUACUAUUGGGAGAAGGGGUCUGGACGUGUGGGACUCAUCAAGGAAAGCCACAUCUGUGUAGGAAUGGGGGUCCCUGGAGCUUGUAGGGGAGACUCUGGUGGUCCACUGAUAUGUAAGAAGUCCAGUGGUUGGACCCUAGCUGGGUGUACAUCAUUUGGAGCAGCAGGGUGCCAGGAGAGAGAAGCCCCCAACGUUUACACCAGAAUUACAUCUUUCAUGCCUUGGAUCAGGCGCACAGUAGCAAACAAUUAAAAUAUUGAGAUAAUUUGGAGCCGUGGCAACUAACAUUGUGAUGUAGUGACCAUGGCAACUAAUUACUGCGAUGUAGUGACCAUGGUAACAUUGGUGUGAUUAAGUGACCAUGGCAACUAGACACUGUAAUGUAGGGGCGAUUGCAAACAAUCAUUUAAAUAUAGGGACUAUUGUAAACAAUGAUAUAAUAAGGGACCAUAGUAACCAAAAUAUCAAAGACCAAGAUGACAUUAACACAAAAUCGAUAUAACUUCAGUAUAAAAAGUUUAUUGCAGUUUUAUUUCGAAAAUAAAUUCUAAUACAGU